AUGAAUGUCCGGUCGAAGACUUUGGAGUUAUGGGUCCCAUUAUAUCAAGACCUCCUGCAUCGAAUGACCAUGAAACUACUGUCGGAUGUAAUGGUUCUGAUGGUUGAUGGACGAAAUUUGUGUGAACUUGGAAACUCCCUUUUAAUUCUUGAGGCAUAUAAUCUGCACAGUGCAGGCGAUAUGUAUUGCGUCUGGUUAUCUUUGACUCAAAUGAUAAGUGGAUCUACAUUUUCAUAUUCCAGAAGCCAUGACUUUGUUCUUAAUCCGGUUCCUAACUGGAUCAUAGCCAAGGGGUUAAGUCCUCCAUAUAUCAUUCCUGAAGAGAUUUAUCGAAAGAGGGAACUGGGCAUUCGAAAUGAAAGAGGCAUUAAGAAGAUAAAAAUUAAAAUCCCUUCAACAAAGUUUGCUUCCACCUCUGAGCCUGCUGAUAAGAUGCCUAAAGUAGUUUUGAUUCCAGACCAUAGUAGUCCUAAAGAUCAAGCAUCCCACGCACCUAGAAAGACUCUAAUUCAGGGAGAUGAAAGCUCUGGAGAUCAGGGUCCUAAAGAUCAAGGGAAUGUGAUUGGAGUUUCAGUCGGUAAAGAACGCGGUGUUCUUCGUUAA